AGUAAAAAUUACAGACGCACAAUAAAAAUGGCGACUUCCAUGCAAAUUUGUAAUUUAUCCAAUAAUUUAGAAGAAUUUCUCCAAUCUGAGUACAGUGCAUGUAUGUUUUGCCAGGGUUUUUAUGGUAAAAGUUUUGGGCAGCCUGUGUGUAGCACAUGUCACUUGUUUUUGUUCUCAUCAGACAUCAACAGAGAUGAAGGAGAAGAGGAUAUCUACACUGAGAAAGCAGAUUCCGGAGACAGUGGUAAUGAGGAGCCAGAAAUGGCGCAAGAUUUCUGUGAUCACAGUCCCCUCCCAACCAGUUCAACGCCUGUGCGAGCAUCGCAAGUGUCCCACAAGAUGGACAAGUUAGCUGAAAGGAUUGGUAUGCUGACAUUACCACGGGAAAGAGAUCAUGUGCCCGAGGGACUGGUGGACUCUUUACCACCUGAAGUUUUAUUGGUAGUGUUCAAGUAUCUGGACGACAUUUCAUUAUGGACAGCAGGAAUGGUUUGUCCUAGGUGGCAGCAGCUCUUACAAGGGGAGACCAAUGAUUCAAAAUGGCGGGAAUUUACAAAACUUAGAUGGCCACUUUUUAAUCCACAUUAUAAAGUAAAGAAAUGGAAAACCAUUUAUACAAAAUUGUUGGAAAGCUCACCUUGUAGACACUGUUUGGAAAGCAUGAUGUUACAGAGUACGCCACCUAUAGAAGAGAAUUCAUGGAGACAUAGGCGACUAAGGAGUGAACUUAAAACCCUCAAGUCUGAUCCUCCAGAAGGUAUACGUGCUGAACCUUUGGACCGGCACUGUUGCCACUGGCAGGCUUCUAUCACAGGACCACAAGGAAGUCCAUAUGAGGGUGGCUUGUUCCUGUUAUAUUUACAAAUUCCAGACAGUUAUCCAAUGAGACCCCCAAAGGUUCAGUUUAUAACAAAGAUAUUUCAUCCUAAUAUUAGUCGACAUGGAGACGUGGGCUUAGAUUCUAUACACUAUAACUGGAGCCUGGCUCUAACUAUAUCUAAAGUUCUAAUAAGUAUCCAGUCUUUAUUGACAGACCCAUAUUGUGAUGUGUGCAUGGAACCAGCCAUUGGGUCCUUGUACAGUAAAAAUAGACAAGAGUUUGAUAGAAUAUCACGAUUAUGGACGUGGAAGUACGCAAUGCACGAUUUCCUCAUGCCUAUGGAAAUAGAUCUGAAUGGAUUAUAGCAUUAUAUGAAACGAUACUAGAGAGGUUGCAAUUUCUAAUUUGUUAGCUGAUACAGUUGUGAAGAAUUUGUUUAAAAGCAAAAUGCCAUCAGAUUCUUGCAAAUUUUCAUGAAAGUUUUGAAAAUGCAUUUAAAAGUAAAAUAUUGUCAAGUGAACAAAGAAAGUAAUUUACACAUUGGAAACAACACUUACAAUCCACGUAAAUUAUCUAAAAGAGGUCAAAAUAUACAAAGAUACCUCUUACUGUGUUAGUAAUGCAUUAGAAUUAUAAGUGAUUGAUACUGCAAAAUCGGUCAUUAAGCGCACAUAACAUGUAAAUAAUUAAUUAAAUACUGAAUUUUUUUUUACUUACUUUUAAGAUCUUAAUAAAUUUUUCUAAAGAUUAAAUUUCUUGAAAUAUUUUGGCUCUUUUGGAGGUGUGCAGCUUUAAACAAUAUUUUAACAAUGUUUGCAAAGUUCUUAUUUUAACAUAUUUUAACCCUUAACCUGCUGAAUGGUUGUAAUUGAUUUGUCUUGUUUUAAAUUUGGAACAGUCUAUUGAAACUUUAAUAUCAAAAAAACAAAUGAGCAGUGCCAUGACAAAACCAACAUAAUGCUUUUGUGACCAACAUGGAUCCAGACCAUCCUGCACCUCCAUGCAGUCUGAUCAGGAUCCAUGCAGUUCGCUAUCAGUUUCUCUACUUGUAAUAGGGUUUGUAAGCAAACAGCAUGGAUCCUGAUCAGACUGCACGGAUGCGCAGGCUGGUCUGGAUCCAUGCUGGUCACAAAUGCUCUAUGUUGGUUUUAUCAUGGCGCGGCUCAAAUAAAUGAGCUAAACAUAGUAUUACGGUUGAUCAGACAGAACAGAUAUGCAGGCCCGCCAAGCUCUAUACCGAUGGUAAAGGUGAAUCACUUUUUUUCAAAUGGAAUAAGGGUUAAAACUGACAUAUGAAUUUACUGCAGUGGUUACAAACAUGACCUUUGGUUGAUUUUGCUAGAGUUUGUUCUACAGGAGUUGCAUCUAAAUCUAAAAACUAUAAAUUUAUAGGAAAAUCUUAACUGCAUAAAAUAAGUAGCAAGGAAUUUAUCUCAUGAAAAGCCUCAUAUCAAAUUGAUCAAUAUGUUCAUAAAUUAUGUAUAAAUAUGCUAAAAAAUCAGUAAAAAUGUAAAGAGAUCGAAAGUGUAACAAAGUUAAAAACGAAAAAAAUAUAUAAAAUGCUAUCAUUGAUAUAUGUAACUAUGUUGAAUAUGCAUAUAAAUUUUAUUUUGAAAAUACGAACAAAAAUCAAUUAAUAUGCUAAGAAAUGAAAAGAUGUGCUAAGAAAUUUAAUUACUAAAUUGUAAUCUCUCUAGUUUUUAAAGGUUGUGCAAUUAUAUAUUUGUUAAUGACUUAAAUUGUUAUUGUAGCUUAUCUUGCAUAAUUGAUUAUAUUUGUUUAUCUUUUAUUUUAUGUUUUAAUAUCAUUUUUCUUUGUUAAAGACAAAUAUUAUUUUAUAUUUUCCCCAAUUUUGCAUUUAUGGCAACUUUACAUUGUUCUACAAACCAUAUUU